GCUUAUGAGAAAAAGAGAAUUUGCAAGCGUUUGUUGUAUACAGACUUUCUCUUUAAUAAAAAUAAAUAAACAUGGUUAAAACGCUAGAAUUAAGACGUUUUCUGCACGAUUCUGACAACUUUAAACAUGAAUGCUGAUGAACAGUUAGAUACAUUUAGAAGACAAUGGGGAAAAGAACUAAAACAUAAAGAUAUUCCUACACAAAACGAUGGGAAUGGGCCUGUCAGGCCCAGUGUUCAUAACACAGCCUGGCAUGAGAAUAAAAGUCAAAACUUAGAAACAGAAUCAUGCAAAAAUUUGAUCAAGAAUGAUUUGCAUGGAGCAGGGACAAGCAGCCUUUAUUAUCCAUUUCAAAUUGCUGGAAAAUUAUUACACAGUAACAAUGGGAAUGUGUUUGAACUUGACAAAUCAGUAGAGAAUAAUUCAACACAGAAUAUCAACAGUGAAAUUAAAAGACAGAACAACAAAAGGCAAAAGUUGACAAAACUAGAAGAUAUAUUUGUAGAAAAAACAAAUAGAGAAAUUACAACUGAAAGACUUCUUGACAAGCUGAUAUCUGAUAUUGAUGAAAUCACUGAGAUACCAUUUUUCGAUAUUGACUUACCAAGAGAGGUGGCAGUGAAGAUUUUCCAGUUCCUUGAUAUAAAAGAUUUGUGUAGCUGUGCACAGGUCAGUAAGAGUUGGUGUAGCCUGGCUGAGGAUGAACUGUUAUGGUGUAGACUAUGUCACAGAUUAGGCCAGGAGAAAGUUUACACAACACGGGAGAAAAGCAACUGGAAACAAAUUGUCCGGCAUAAUGUGGAACGGCAGAGAACCCUUGUAUCUAACUGGAAGAAUAGAACAGGUAAAGUGUUACCUCUAGAGCAUGUGAAAGGGAAGAUUCUAAGUGCCGUCCAUUCAUGUGGUGAUAUUGUUGUUGCAGGGUACACGUCUGGUGAUGUAAAGCUUUGGAACUUGUCAGACGGGGAUAGUUGUGUGUUCCAGCCAUCGUCUACCUCUUUACUUGUAGAUCCCGGUGAUGGCGGUCUUCACGAGAAUAUUGUAAACAGUGUUUGUACCUCAGAUAAUAUCGUUGUAGCAGCUUAUAGUCAGGGAAAUGUUGAUAUUUGGAGUUUAGAGUUUGGUACACAGCCAUUCCAAAACUUUAUACCAACAACCGGGAACAAGUAUUGCCCAAAGAUCUGUUUGUCAGCUGAUGGGACAACAAUCUCUGCCAGUUAUGGCCCUUACGUUGAUGUUCUUCAUAGGGAUAAAAAGGAGGAAGAAUUUAGUGUUGUGCAACAUUUUGAUUUUGGUAAUACAGUCCACAAUAUGAUGCUGUAUAAUGGGAACUCUGAUAUUCCUGCUGUGAUAUUCUCUAAAGAAUGCUCAGUCCAGCUUUACCAACCACAAUUACCAGGAACCAGGCAUAGUAGUCAUGUGACUGAUCAGGUGACUGAGAUACACAAUUUGAUUGGUGCUCCAAUAGAUGUCAUUGAUGUUAAAACUGACCAAUCAGUGUUGGGAGUUGCUCUAGGUUCUUAUGGUGGCUUGAUGGAUGGUUUUAAGGUUAGAAUAUAUGACAUGAAGACAUCAAGGUUACAACAGACAUUAGAGGGUCACACCUGGAUGAUUUCAUGUAUGAAUCUACAAGACAGUCCAGCACACCAACUGGUUACCGGCUCAGGGGAUAGGAAGUUGAGAGUUUAUGACUUGAGAACUAGCCAGCCUGAACAGACUUUGAUUGGUCAUUCGUUUAGAGUGUCCUGUGUUCAGAUGGACGAUUGGAAAGUGGUUUCUGGCUCCGAUGAUGGGUUCCUAUGUGUGUGGGAUAGAAGAAUGGCAACCAAACUGUGGGAAUGGCAUAAUAGGCAUCCAGUAAAAUACAGUAGAUUCCAUGACAAAACACUGAUUGUGGCAAAUAUCUCCUCCAAUAAAUUCCCAGAUAUUGAUGAUUAUGAUAACAUGGCCCAUAGGAGAUACAGAGGUACACUUAAUGCCUACAACUUCCUUGAAGAUCUCUCCACCAAAGAUGUUCCUGAGAUAUGCUUAUCAUCAUAUGACCAACCAGAUGCCUCUAAAUACAACAUAGCCUUGGCUGUGCCUUAUGACACACUCAAUUUUUGACACUCGUACAGUCAAAUUUCUGACAGUCACACAUGGUCACUUAGUUCCUGAGAUGCAGUCAAGUUCUGGCACUCACACACACACACUCAAUUUCUGAUACAAAGUCAUACACUCAAUUUCUGACACUCACAAAUAGCACUUAAUUUGUGAUAAACACUAGAUUUUUACUCACAUACUCAAUUUUGGCACUCAUCAUGCUCAACACUCACUCGGUCACUCUCUUGAUAUCUGACAUUCAAACUCUCACAUUCUGUCAGGGUGUAGAACUGCUCACUAAUUUGAGAGAGAAAAUGUGCAAGCUGUGGAACUGUAUUCUGAGUGUCCCAGAUCCAAAUGGGAUUGCACAUUUUUCACACCAUGUGACUUUGACAAGUUGUGCACUGGAUUUUACCUUCUAUGAAUAAAGAAUUCUAGAACGGUCAUCAAUUGUGAUUAUACUGGAAUGAAGCAGUCAACAGAAUGAAUAGAAAUACAUGAUGGGCUGCCUGGCACUAGACUCAUGUGUUAAUUAUUAGAGACUGCUAAACUGCAGGGUGAAGGCUGCUUUUUUCCUGUUACAGUCACUGUGUUAAAAGGUGACAAUGAUAAUAGUCAAAGCUUAUUGAUUCAGUAC